AAAGAAGAAGGAAUUUAUGGAGUAUUACCAUAUAUGGCACCAGAAGUUUUACGUGGACAACAAUAUACAAAAGCAGCAGAUAUUUACUCAUUUGGAAUAAUAAUGAACGAAUUUCUUUCUGAAGAAAUUCCUUUUAAUGAUAUUCCUCAUAAUGAAUUUUUAGCUAUUAAAAUAUGUAAAGGAUUUAGACCAACAAUUUCUAAAGACAUACCAAAGUUACUUGCAGAUUUGAUAAUAAAAUGUUGGGAUGCUGAAAUAAAAAAUAGGCCAACCACUAAAGAAUUGUAUCAACUAUUAAAGAAAUGGAAUGUUGAGAUUAAAAAUAUUAAAGAUGUGAAAUAUAUUUUCAAAUAAAAGAAUGUGAUAAAAUUAGUAAAGAAAAAUUCAAAAACAGAUUAAAUGAAGAUAAAU